GGCGUGCUUCAGAAGACGAGCGCGACUUCACUUGCGUGCAAGCAGCCGGCCCGAGUUCGGAGUUGGUGCGACUCCCAGCUGCCCACCUGUGUGAGCGCCGGCGGGGCUGCCCGGCCGUGAGCCGAACUUGGCAGGGAGUGCAAGUUUCAACUCCCCAACAAGCUCGGCCCUCCCUGUGCCCCUGGUCUAGGAGUGCCAGAACUGUGCUGUUUGGAAGUUUUCAUCCUUAGAUUGGUUAAAAUUUCUGAAGACCUAGUGAAGACAAGACAAUUCAAAGUCUACAGCAGUAUUAUACUGUAGAUGCUGUUUUCCUAGCGGCUCAGUUGAGAAAGCGAUCAGCUGGUCUCUGAUUCUUGAUUCGCCUUCAGAUCCUGUUUGCUAACCAGUACUUCGGUCUGGAGAGCUCUGCGUACUGAGCCUGAACUCAUCCUCCACCCAAAAAAGAGCAUGCAUUUUCAAGUGUCAGCUCGAUUUGUGGAUCAGUGAAGUCCUCCUGAAAGGCAGUGGCUUCUGGUGACGUCGUCCAGUCUCCACCAUGUAUCAUUCCUUAUCUGAAACCAGACACCCUCUCCAGCCAGAGGAACAAGAAGUUGGCAUUGACCCUCUGUCCAGUUACUCCAAGUCUGGAGGAGAUUCAAAUAAAAAUGGAAGAAGAGCAAGUUCUACUUUAGACUCUGAGGGGACCUUUAAUUCCUAUAGGAAAGAAUGGGAAGAACUAUUUGUAAACAACAAUUACUUGGCAACAAUAAGGCAGAAGGGGAUUAAUGGGCAGCUGAGAAGCAGCAGGUUCCGCAGCAUUUGCUGGAAGCUGUUUCUUUGUGUUCUUCCUCAAGAUAAAAGUCAAUGGAUAAGUAGAAUUAAAGAAUUAAGAGCAUGGUAUAACAACAUUAAAGAAGUACAUAUCACAAACCCGAGGAAGGUUGUUGGCCAGCAAGACUUGAUGAUCAAUAACCCGCUUUCACAGGAUGAAGGGAGUCUUUGGAACAAAUUCUUUCAAGAUAAAGAACUCCGAUCAAUGAUUGAGCAGGAUGUCAGGAGAACGUUUCCUGAAAUGCAGUUUUUCCAACAAGAAAAUGUGAGAAAAAUUCUUACAGAUGUUCUUUUCUGUUAUGCGAGAGAAAACGAGCAGUUGCUUUAUAAACAGGGCAUGCACGAGCUGUUAGCGCCCAUAGUCUUCAUCCUGCACUGUGACCACCAAGCCUUUCUACAUGCCAGCGAGUCUGCGCAGCCCAGUGAGGAAAUGGAGACUCUCCUGAACCCUGAGUAUCUGGAACAUGAUGCCUAUGCGAUGUUCUCACAGCUUAUGGAAACUGCCGAACCUUGGUUUUCUACCUUUGAACAUGAUGGUCAAAAGGGAAAAGAAGCGCUGAUGACCCCGAUCCCCUUUGCCAGACCCCAGGAUUUAGGGCCAACGAUUGCUGUCGUUACGAAAGUGAACCAGAUCCAGGAUCACCUGCUGAGGAAGCACGACGUUGAGCUCUACAUGCACCUGAACAGGCUGGAAAUCGCGCCGCAGAUCUACGGGCUGCGGUGGGUGCGACUGCUGUUCGGACGGGAGUUCCCCUUGCAGGAUCUCCUGGUGGUCUGGGAUGCCUUGUUCGCCGAUGGCCUCAGCCUGAGCUUGGUGGACUACAUCUUCAUAGCCAUGUUGCUCUACAUCCGGGAUGCCCUCAUCUCCAGUAAUUACCAGACCUGUCUUGGCCUCCUCAUGCACUACCCACUCAUCGGGGAUGUACACUCGCUGAUUCUCAAGGCUCUGUUCCUGAGAGACCCAAAGAGAAAUCCAAGACCAGUGACUUACCAGUUUCAUCCAAAUUUAGAUUACUACAAAGCCCGGGGAGCAGACCUCAUGAAUAAGAGCCGAGCCAAUGCCAAAGGUGCUCCCCUGAAUAUAAAUAAAGUCUCUAAUAGCCUGAUUAAUUUUGGAAGAAAGCUGAUUUCCCCGGCAAUGGCUCCAGGCAGCACAGGUGGCUCUGUACCUGGGAGCAGCAGCAGUGGGGGCAGCAGCUCCUCCUCCACCGGGAUUCCCGCCAGGACCUCAGCAGAGGCCCCCAGGCAUCACCUGCAGCCACAGCAGCGGCUGAUGAAGUCGGAGAGCAUGCCGGUGCAGCUGGACAAAGGCGAUGUAGGUACAGGAAGCCGUGCUCAGGUUUCAGUUCCUGUCCAGACUCUAACUGACCUCCAAGGGCAAAGUUCUAAAAACAUCAGUUCAUCGCCAAGCAUUGAGAGUCUGCCUGGGGGAAGAGAAUUCACCGGCUCCCCACCUUCUUCUGCAACUAAAAAAGAUUCCUUUUUCAGCAACAUCUCCCGUUCACGCUCGCACAGCAAAACGAUGGGCAGGAAAGAGUCCGAAGAAGAGUUAGAAGCUCAGAUUUCUUUCCUGCAAGGACAGCUGAAUGACCUGGAUGCCAUGUGCAAGUACUGUGCAAGGGUGAUGGACACACAUCUCGUAAAUAUUCAAGAUGUGAUAUUACAAGAAAACCUGGAAAAAGAAGAUCAAAUUCUGGUUUCCCUGGCAGGAUUAAAACAGAUCAAAGACAUCCUCAAAGGUUCGCUGCGUUUCAACCAGAGCCAGCUGGAGGCCGAGGAGGACGAGAUCACCAUCGCGGAUGACCACUACUGCUCCGGGGGCCGGAGCCAGGGCCGGGGCCCGCGAGAGCAGGUGCCUGGGGCCAGCUCAAAGGCCUCUUCGGAGACCCCGGGGCCUGCAGAUGGAGGGAGUUCAGAUGACUUCAUCCUGGUCUCCAAAGAAGAUGAGGGGGGCAGUGCCAGGGGGCCCUUCCCCAGCCAGGCUCAGCCUCUUCGCACCCUCAGAAGCACAUCUGGGAAGAGCCCGGCCCCAGCCUGUUCCUCCCUGGCCUUCUCGGACCCGCUGAUGGGCCCGGCCUCCACGUCCUCCAGCAACCCCAGCUCCAGCCCUGACGAUGACAGCAGGGACUCUGGCUUCACCAUCGUCAGCCCCCUGGACAUCUGACCACAGUGCCCAGCACCGCCUCGCCGGGACCCAGCCACGCUCUGCAGCCCCCGGCCAGCCUGAGGCUCCCACCGUGGAGACCCGUCUGAAACCAACGCUUUUCCCCAGCAUGCCGCUGGCACUGAUCCAGCCCUUUGGACCCCUUGAGAGUGAAGCGGAUACAGCCACGGAGCACAGAGAGGUGUCCCCCACACGCAGCCGGGCUCUGUGGGCCCCACCUCUCCCCACCCCGCUCAGCCCCCCAGUGUCGCAGUCUCUUCAGGAAACCGAGCCACAGUUAGAACCACGCCGACCCCGUCAGUUACUUCUAGAAGGAGGAGAAAGGGUUGGUUUCAGAGCGUGCCUCCCUGGCAGCAGGAAAGCCAGUCUGGGAAUCUCCGCCCGCCCACUCGUUUCCUGCCUGGGAAGUCACACACAGGGCAGUGCAGCAGGCUCCAGGCGGCAAGAGAACCAGCGACUGCCUCGACGUCAGAACGGGCUAGACACAGGGUCUAAACUUAGCCGUCCUUUAGGUGUGCUGUGGUGGUGGUUUCACUUUUAGUUUUGAUUUUUUUCAUUAAAGAUUUCAAGUUGUUUUUCCCCAGUUCGGAGGAAUCGACCUUGGCCGUGCUUGCCCCUCCUUGCACAGUUGCAGCUCACCUUCGAAUCUUUCAGUCAGACAGUACGGCCGCCUAAAGCCAGUCUGAUGCACUGAAGUCAGACGUUAGAGGAGCCGCCACCCUCGACUUCGAGUACAGACCCCGACUCUAUGGGACCAGCAAGCCUCUUUCGGCUAGGCGACUUUCUGGAGAAGUGUCUCCAGUUGGGGGGCUGUAUUCGCCCAUCAGCCGCGGAGGGAAAGGAAAGACCCACGCCCACCCCACCCAGUCAGAAGCCCCUGUGGCCCUAAGGUAGUGGCGGAAUCGGGCCUGGAGUCCCCUCUGGGGAAGCAGGUACCUGACCAGGCCCGGAGCGGCCGGUGCCUCCUGGCGCCAGCAGGUUGGGGUCCCCCUCGUCUGUGGGCACGAAGGACGCUGCAGUGGGCACGAGGCACACGUGGGUCAGUUCUGGAAGGACACCUGGCCUUUCCCCGAGCAGGCAUUCCAACAGCAGCGGGCAGGACAGCGGGUGGCAGCGCCACUCACCUGCACCAGGGAGAGCGGCCGUGGUCAGGGAUGACCCGGCCUUUGGGUCUCUCGGAGCGGGUGAGGCCUCUGCGCAUGGAACCUUUCAUGGUGACAGAUGAGCUAAGCAGGAGGGGACAGCGCAGUCCGCAUCCCUCCCCUGCAACCACACAGUGCUCUGCAGACUCUGAUAAUGACAUGGUCUCCCGCUUGUCCAAGAAAAUGGUGGUGACGGGUCCACUGCGCAGAAAGGUGUCUGGACAGUGCCACACUUAGCUCUUCCACCCAGUGGGGAUGCUCCUCACCGCGGCACGGCAGCCAGCAGGGGAACAGUGACCCUGGUUCUGCCAGGUAGCAAGGUCGCCUGACCCUCCACAGCCGGCUGGUCGCUUGGCAGAAGCACAGUUAGCCCUGCCGUCUCCGAGUGGUCCUCCCAGCACCUCCGACAAGGUACUGCCAUGGAGGUGUCCCCACGACACACCUGGUGAGCCCAGGGUCCCUGCAGUCAGCGGCCUCGCCUCCGCCUCCGUGCAGGGGCUGCGGUGGGUGCGCGGACCGUCUUGCCGUUUUUGUCUAAGGGCACUGUCCCCGCCGGGGCCCUAGAACGGAGGCUGGGAAGGACCAAGAGCUGGCCGCCCCCUGGUGGUGGGGCCGCUGUCUGCUCACCCCAGCCUCCCUUGUCCUGAGAGCAGGCGGCCUAGCUGCGUGCCACCUGUCACCACCGUGUGCCAAGGCUCCAGGCUGGUUUCCUGCAGCCUCGCCCGCACGCUGGGGCGGGUCCUCUGCAUCCUGUGCCCCCGAGAACCGACGACUCCCUCCAGGUGUUGUCUCCAGGCCCCAGCAAGCUCGUCCCCGCAGAGGAGGGCCACUCCCAAGGGCAGAGGGGCACAGGCAGCUCCCGCCCAUUGCCGUGGGUUCACAGAGAAAACGGCAUUACUAAUUUUCUCCAAGUGACUUUUUUUAUUCUUUGUAGCUGAGUAUUGUUUGCAUUUUUAUUAGUUACAGUGCCAUUAAAGAAUGUUUCUUUGUA